AUUGGACUUUUUUAACAUCACCAGCACGCGUUGAUACGACAAGAUAUCAACGUCGAGGGUCAGUGUUAUCAAAAUAUUUUCCACGAGAGAAACCAACGGAGGUUAUUGAUAAGUGGAAAUUACAAUUGGAACAAAAGCCUCAAUGGACGGAAAAUUCGAUUAGACUAGGCGCAAUCGCUAGGAAAAAGGGAAUGACUGCUUUAUGGGAUGAAUGGGGAGUUAGGCAACCGUGUACUAUUCUGCAGUUUGAAGACGUUCAAGUAGUGCAAAUCGUUGAGAACAAAAAAUUCGUUAAACCACAUUUGGUAUCGGUUCAAAUCGGAUGCUCUAAUAAAGAGAAAAAUGUCUCUAGACCUUUAUUAGGUCAUUUUAAAGCCGCAGGUGUGGCACCAAAAUGGAAAUUAUGUGAUUUUCACGUUACUUCCGAUGCUGUUUUACCUGUUGGAAGCGAAAUUAAGACGGCCCAUUUCGUUCCAGGACAAUAUGUAGAUUUACAAGCGCCAUCACUUGGCAAAGGUUUUGCAGGUGUCAUGAAACGAUGGGGUUUCAAAGGUCUGCCCGCAUCACAUGGGACUUCAAAAACUCAUCGUUCAGCUGGUUCUACAGGUCAAAAUCAGACUCCUGGUAGAGUUUUCAAAGGCAAAAAAAUGGCAGGUAGAAUGGGAGGAAAUAAUGUAACUGUAAGCACCAAAAUUCUCAAAAUCGACAACGCAUUAAAUUUAAUAUAUGUUAAAGGACCUGUGCCGGGUUAUAAAGGUCAAUUUGUUAGAAUUAGAGACGCUGUAAAGAAACAGGGUGCAGCAUGUUUUCCACAGGAUUAUAUACCACCGCC